UUGCAAGCUUUGUUCGUCCUAUGGCAGCAUAUGGCAGCGUCAGCCUCUCCUUUAGUCAGGACCACUUUGUUCGUCUUAUUUGAAGGAGGUGAUGCGUGGUAGCAACGUUCGUGCCUUUGAUGACUUUACCAACAAGGUCAAAGGUUUCAGUAGAGGUGCAACUGCCAAUGGGCCCGAAGAGGCUGAUCCAGAGGCUCAGACAGCGGCAGCAACCGGACAGACACCUGCGAAUGGCUCGUGGUUUGCGAAGCUCAGCAGCGCCCUACCCAGCGUGGCCGAGGCGGCAGCUGCCGCCAGUGCAGGAGAUCUGAAUGCGUUGUCCAAAGCGGCGUCCAAUGCGCAGCAGGGCUUUCAGCAGGGCAUCACUGACUUCACUGGAAAAGCCAAGGGAAUUGCUAAGCAAGCUUCAACAACCAUUUCGGAGAAUGCCAUCUCGAGAGAAAGGUGGAUGAUGUUUUUUGGCGGUGCCUUGCUGGGCUGCUUUCUGAUGAGCCUCGCCUUUUUCUUUUUGCCUAUGGUAGUUCUGGCUCCGCAGAAGUUUGCCUUGCUUUUCACGCUCGGCUCUUUGUGCUUCCUUGGCAGCUUUUCAGCUCUUCGAGGACAUUCAGCUUUCUUGAGGCAUCUGUUGUCGCGCAGUCGUUUGAUAUUUACUGCGACCUAUGCCAUGUCGAUGGUUGGAACCUUGUGGGCAUCUUUGAUCUACAGGUCGUACCUGUUGGCCAUUGCCUUCUCUGCAGUGCAGGUCAGCGCCCUCUCGUGGUUUCUCGUUUCCUACAUUCCAGGUGGAAGGCGAGCGCUGGGAUUUGUGACGAACAUGGCAUGGAGGAUAUGCAAAGGAUGUUGCAAAUGUGCAAGCAAAGGUUCCUUGCUGCCGUUCUGAUGAGAUGCGAGACACGACGCCAUAUGGCCACCGGCAAAAA